AAUGUAAUGGAACGUAUAAACAAACUUUCAGUUUUACGCAGCAUAUCAAAGUAAAAUAAAAGAAGAAAUAUGGCUUAUUUUUGUAACAGAAUAUGUUUGGGUUUAAACGUGGUAUUAAAAUAUAUGUUUAAGUUAGUCUUAAUAUUAAGAUUGAGUUGAAUUGGACAUAAUUAUAAAUACAAUUAUUUAAAAUAUUCUCUUUGGAAAACUUGUAAAAAGAAUCAUACUAACGAUGACAAGCAAAUUUAACAACGCGUUCAAAUUAAAUUAAAUUAAACACUAAUUUCUAUUUUAUAGAGUUUUUAAUUAUUUAUUUAUUGUGCUAUAACUGAAUAUCAAACUAUGGCAUUAUUUAAUUCACGUAAUAGCAAUAUUUAUAAUAACUCAACAAAAUUUUAUCUAUUUCUAAUAAGAUAAAAAUGAUGUGUGAAUGCUUUGACAAAUGUUAUGUACGGUGCGCCACCUGACAGCUGAAAUCAGUACUAAAAUUUUGUAUUCGUAGUGCUGAAUGGAGAAUCACAUUUUUACGUGUUUUCCAUGAUCAUAUUCUUCUGAAUUAGCGAAUAUUUUCUUUUAGUGCUGCUGGCGAGUCGGCGAGAUGCACACAGCCACUGCAGAUGGGCAGUUCCGGAGUACCAACGGUGCCACACAUGGACGUGACAAAGUCGCAAUAUUGGAUGCUGGCUCUCAAUAUGGAAAGGUUAUAGAUCGUCGUAUCCGCGAGCUAUGUGUGGAGUCGGAUAUCUUACCUCUGGACACGCCAGCCUACCACCUCAAGGAGGCCGGCUACCGCGCCAUCGUCAUCUCUGGGGGGCCCAACUCUGUGUACGCUGAAGAUGCACCUAGAUACGACUCCGAUAUAUUCAAGAUCGGCUUGCCGGUAUUAGGUAUAUGUUACGGCAUGCAGAUGUUGAAUAAGGAGUUCGGAGGCUCCGUGCUGCGCAAGGAGGCUCGCGAGGACGGCCAGUACGAGGUCGAAGUGGAAACUACAUGUCCAUUGUUCAAUCGCCUGGAAAAGCUUCAGCCGGUUCUGCUGACUCACGGAGACAGCGUGCAGAAGGUCGGCGAGAGAUUCCGUGUCGGUGCUCAGUCCUCCAACCACCUCAUUGCUGCUAUAUACAAUGAACAGAUGCGGUUAUAUGGCGUGCAGUUUCAUCCUGAGGUGGACCUAACGCCUAAAGGCAAGCAGAUGUUGUCAAACUUUUUGUUUGACAUCGCGGGCCUGUCGCGCUCCUUCACGCUGCGAUCACGUCGCGAGGCCUGCAUACACUAUAUACGGGAAACUGUUGGAGACAAUAAAGUUCUUGUGUUAGUAAGCGGUGGCGUGGACUCUACAGUGUGCGCGGCGUUGCUUAGAACCGCUCUCCGCGAAGAUCAGGUCAUCGCUCUACACAUUGACAACGGUUUCAUGCGUAAGAACGAGAGUGCUAAGGUGGAGCGGUGUCUCAGAGAGCUCGGCGUACGUUUACAUGUUGUCAACGCUGCACAUCAGUUCCGGCAAGGCAGCACGGUAGUCCGCGAGGCGGGAGGCCGGUCGCGGCACACGGGGCUCCUGUGUCAAACCGCGGCGCCCGAGGACAAGCGGAAGAUCAUCGGGGACGUCUUCAUACGUAUCGCAGAGCAGGCUGUACAUGACCUCAACUUGCAGGAAGACCAAGUACUGCUGGGUCAAGGUACGCUACGACCGGACCUGAUAGAGUCUGCGUCGUCCCUGUGCUCGAAUAACGCGGCGACCAUCAAGACUCACCACAACGACACCGAGCUCGUCCGGGCGCUGCGCCAGAGGGGACGAGUCGUGGAACCACUGCGGGAUUUCCAUAAGGAUGAGGUGCGCGCACUAGGAUUGGAGCUGGGUCUGCCGAGUGCUUUAGUGGAGCGCCAGCCCUUCCCUGGCCCUGGACUCGCAGUGCGGGUACUCUGCCAGGACGAGCCCUACGCAGAGCGAGACUUCGCAGAGACACAGGUUAUAGUAAAAAUAAUGGUAGAGUACGCGUCCAUGUGCGUGAAGUCUCACGCCUUACUGGGGCGCGUGGCCAACGCGAGUACUCCGGCCGAGCAGGCCGAGCUCAAGCGGAUCUCCUCCAAGUCGCCCGUCGCAGCAACUUUGCUGCCUGUCAGAUCUGUUGGAGUUCAAGGUGACGGCAGAACGUAUAGUUACGCGGUAGCACUGUCGACGGAGCGCUACCCGCCCGACUGGAAGGACAUGCACUACCUCGCCAAACUCAUACCGCGUGUCUGCCAUAAUGUUAACAGGGUUUGCUACGCUUUUGGAGGAUUAAUCAAGGAGCAAGUGACAGACAUCACGCCAACCUUUCUCACACAACAAGUUAUCUCAACCUUACGCCAGGCCGACGAUCUCGCCACACAGGUGCUAAUAUCGAGUGGGUACGCAUCCCGCAUAGCGCAGAUGCCGGUGGUGAUGAUCCCGAUCCACUUUGACCGCGACGCGGCCGUGCGCGCCCCGUCCUGCCAGCGCUCGCUCGUGCUGCGCCCCUUCAUCACGUCAGACUUCAUGACUGGCGUCGCCGCUCUGCCAGGGUCUGAUGCCAUGCCGCAGGAUGUCGUAGACAGAAUGCGCAAGGAGUUGCUGAGCGUGCCCGGCAUCUCGCGCGUACUAUACGACUUAACCCCGAAGCCGCCCGCCACUACAGAAUGGGAAUGAUCACUGCGGCCCACACACUUUUAUAUAUUUUUUUACUGAACGAACGCACCCACGGGCGGUGGUCGCGGCCCUGUUGUUUUAUUUUAUGGAAGGCAACUACGAACUUGACUGUACACAAACACUGUCGUUAUUUAAAUAAACUAACGACGCUAUCCUUGUACUAUUUACUCAAGUGCCUAAUUAAGUGGGAAGUCGAUCUCGUGAGCUGUCAUUUACUCAUUUGUUCUCAUUAGGCCUUUUCACACGCUCCGGUUUCCGGCUAGGCAGUACUAGGUACAUGACGCCUAGGUUUAUAACCAUGUACCUACGUUACCUUUCACCCACACGGGUCCAAUGUACAUUUGUCGCUGGAUACCCGGCAACCAGAACCUGUAAAAAGGCACUAGCAGUCUUUUCCUCAUGAGAUCGAUCUUGAACACUUCAGUUGUUAGUUUUUAACUGUUAUUUACUAUCAGGAAUAUAAAUGGCUCACAUUUUUAUAAUAAUAUAAUACUAUUUUUGGGUUAACAUUACGUUGAUUUUAUUUUGUUAUUACUGUUUUAACUAUAUCGAGUUUUAAUUUAUCAUUUCUAAGUUUCAAUGGUCGCGCCACUGCCCGAUAUAAAGUUUUUGUAAAUACAUUGGUGUCACAUGUUAUAAUAUUAGCUCCACUGAUCAGUUUUGUAACAUGUAGUAAUUUAUUAUCAAAGGCUGUGUAAAAAUUUAUAAAAGAAGCCCACAAAUAUUCCGCGCGACAAGAUUGUUAUAAAUGGAUCUUGUAUGAAAUCGAAGACACAUUGUGUUUUAUGGAAUGGUUCAGUGUUAUUGACUGGAAGUUUCAUAAUAAAAAUUAUAUUAUGCUUUAUUUUCA